UGAUCUGAUGCUGGCUCAGAUGCUGCAGAUGCAGUUUGACAAGGAGUUUGACACCCAGCUACGCACAGAAGAAAAGAAGUUCAAUGGGGAUAGCAAACUAUCCAUCUCCUUUGAGAACUAUCGCAUGGUGCACCAUUACGAGGCCAGCGGCAGCUCUGAGGAUGAAGUUGAUUGGCAAGAUAGUUGUGACGACCCCUACAAAGCUGACAAGCCCACGACAACUCCGAGGAGAGGCUUUACUGGGAAAGGCAAGAACAUCACUACUAAGCACGAUGAGGUUGUGUGUGGCAGGAAGAAUACUGCACGCAUGGACAAUUUUGCCCCAGAGAUCAAUGUGGGAGAUGGACUUGGCAUGGACCUGAAGCUCUCCAACCAGGUGUACAACUCCCUCAAGCAGCACUGCUACUCCGAGCAGCGUCGCAGUGCACGGCUGCAUGAGAAGAAGGAGCACUCCACUGCUGAACAAGCAGUGGACCCAAGGACCCGUCUGCUCAUGUACAAAAUGGUGAAYGCAGGCAUUCUGGAGAACAUCAACGGCUGCAUCAGCACUGGAAAGGAGUCUGUGGUGUUCCACGCAAAUGGGGGAAGCAUGGAGAAGAAUGCUGUCCCAGAUGAAUGUGUGCUCAAGGUCUUCAAGACCACACUCAAUGAGUUCAAGAACCGUGACAAGUACAUCAAGGAUGACUACCGCUUCAUAGACCGCUUCAGCAAGCUGAACCCCCGCACGAUCAUCCGCCUGUGGGCUGAGAAGGAGAUGCACAACCUGGCUCGUAUGAAGAAAGCUGGCAUCCCAUGCCCCGAGGUGGUGGUUCUGAAGAAGCACAUCCUUGUGAUGUCGUUCAUCGGCAAGGACCAUGUGCCGGCUCCCAAACUGAAGGAGGCCAUGUUGGGCUCUGGGGACAUGAAGAGGGCCUAUUACCAAGUGGUUCAUAUGAUGCAACAGUUGUAUCAGGAGUGUAACCUCGUCCACGCUGACCUGAGUGAAUACAACAUGCUGUGGCAUGAGGGCAAGGUUUGGCUGAUUGACGUGAGUCAGUCCAUCGAGCCCAAUCACCCUCACAGCCAUGAGUUCCUGUUCAGGGACUGCAGGAAUGUGGCUACAUUCUUCCAGAAGGGCGGUGUGUCUGAGGCCAUGAACAUGUACGAGCUCUUCAACGUCGUGUCUGGGCUGCAGCUCAGUGGUGACAGCGAGGCAGAGUUCCUUGCCCAGAUCGAGGCACUGGAGAAGAUGAAUGAGGACCACGUGCAGAGAAGGGGCAAGAAAAUGUACACCUUCAGCGACGGAGGACCUCCCCUAUUACACGACGAGGAUGAUUAACAAUGAGAUAUUAGACACCAUGAAUAGCUGCAUGGAACCUGUUUGGGUGAUUGUUUGAGAGAAUGGGUCGAGUAAACCCCCCAUGGUCUCACAGUGAGGUAUGCAAGAGGUCGAAAGGUCGCUGCAUCCCAAGAUGGUGUCAUUGGCUUCAGUGGGCUAAAAAGGCUCCCAACCACCUCCAUGAAAUGUCAACAUCUCAUUCCAUUACUACGGCUGUAGAUGGAAUGGAUGGGGACAUCUGAGGGGGUACGUGAGACAAUGCCUCUACAUGCACACACAAUUGCUUUUUAAAUGAGAGAGUAUUAGUAACCAGCAUUCAUGACAUUAUGAACAAGUUAUCUUCUCAAGUAAACUGAGCUCGAAUGAAAAGAGUUUUGCAUUAUGUUCUGAAUGGAACAAAUUGUCAUCCAACAUUUUGAUGAAGAGCCAUAAGUAUCAGUGAAUAUUUUAAUCAUGAAAAGGUGCUGUCGUGACUGAAGACAGAAUGAGUUGUUUGUAAUUGUCUCCAAGAUGCAUUGAGGUCCGUUCUUACAAUGGAGCUGUCAUGUUUGUGUACUCUGUAAUUUCAAUAUUAUGGUGGAAAUAAAUGGUAAAAAUAA